AUGCAGGUGAGGAAAUAUCAGAAUUGGAAAUGGAAGACGACCAAACUGGUACUAGGGCUCCUCGAGGCCGGCACCGUCGCGCACGCAGAACAGCAUCGUACGCAGCUGGAACGACAUUUUGCGCAGCAAAUGAGCGAGGUCAUCACCCCAUUCAUGAGGUCAAGCCCCGAUGGCCACGAGGAUGCUCUGGUCGAGAUCAUCCAUGAGGCCGUCGAAUUCGACAAAGUGCUCAGCCAGAUAGUGCCUCGAUUCACGUGGGUCUUUAGCCCAGGACCCAUCGAAUCUCCGUUCGACUUCAGCCUGGAGCAAGAAGGCAUCAUGAAGCUCCACGCGGGGGAGGAAGCCUCCAAGAAGCUUGCAAGGGGGACCAGAACCAGGGUCUACCUGGUGGUAGCUCCUGGUCUGACGAGCCGGGGGGCAGAUGACGGCUCACCGAGGACCCUCGAAGCAGAGAAUUGGUUAAGCCCGAUGGAAGUCACGUGUGUAAAACCUAAGCGGCAGCGGUUCAGUGCGGCUGAGGAUAGCUCGGACACUAUGAAUACUAACAGUCCUCUGCCUCCUUGA